CGGGGCUGGAGCUAACCGGACGGGUCGCUCCGGCUCUCCGGCGACAGGAGCUUCCCGGCCCUGGAGAAGGGGCGAGUCCCGGGCGAGCCCCCGGGGAGUGCCGCGCGCUCGACAGGGACGGUCGGGCUACCCCGGCCCGCUGAGGGCUCGGCGCCGGGCUCCCCUCCUUUCCACCUCGCGAGGAAGGGAGGCAGGGAGGGAAGGAGGGGAGGGGAAGGUCCCGCGGAGGAGGCAGAAUGGCCGGUCGAGGGGGUCUGGGGCGCUGCUUUUCCCAGGAGCUGCCUCCAGUCCUGCGACUGCCGCGAGGGCUGGCCUGAGCAGGGGCUCCAGGCUCUCCCGCUGCGAGGCAGCGCGGCCCCCCGGGGCCGGGGCACAGGCGCCGGCAUGUCGUCCGGCACCAUGAAAUUCACUGGCUACUUGAGGGUCCGCAUCGGCGAGGCCGUGGGGCUGCAGCCCACCCGCUGGUCCCUGCGCCACUCGCUCUUCAAGAAGGGCUACCAUCUGCUGGACCCCUACCUGACUGUGAGCGUGGACCAGGUGCGCGUGGGCCAGACCAGCACCAAGCAGAAGACCAACAAACCCACGUACAAUGAGGAGUUCUGCGCCAACGUCACCGACGGUGGCCACCUCGAGCUGGCCGUCUUCCACGAGACGCCCCUGGGCUACGACCACUUCGUGGCGAACUGCACCCUGCAAUUCCAGGAGUUGCUGCGUACGGCCGGCACCUCGGACACGUUCGAGGGCUGGGUGGAUCUGGAGCCAGAAGGGAAAGUAUUUGUGGUAAUAACCCUAACAGGGAGUUUCACUGAAGCUACUCUCCAGAGAGACCGGAUCUUCAAACAUUUUACCAGGAAGCGCCAAAGAGCUAUGCGAAGGCGAGUCCACCAGAUCAAUGGGCACAAGUUUAUGGCCACAUACCUGAGGCAGCCCACCUACUGCUCUCACUGCAGGGAGUUUAUCUGGGGAGUAUUUGGGAAACAGGGUUAUCAAUGCCAAGUGUGCACCUGUGUCGUCCACAAGCGCUGCCAUCAUCUGAUUGUUACAGCCUGCACUUGCCAAAACAAUAAUAACAAAGUGGAGAUUGCUGAACAGAGGUUCGGAAUCAAUAUCCCACACAAGUUCAGCAUCCACAACUACAAAGUGCCGACAUUCUGCGAUCACUGUGGCUCCCUGCUCUGGGGGAUAAUGCGACAAGGACUUCAGUGUAAAAUCUGUAAAAUGAAUGUGCACAUCAGAUGCCAGGCGAACGUGGCUCCUAACUGUGGGGUGAACGCGGCAGAGCUCGCCAAGACUCUGGCUGGGAUGGGCCUCCAACCCGGAAAUAUUUCUCCAACCUCGAAGCUUGUUUCCAGAACCACUCUAAGACGACAGGGAAAGGAGAGCAUCAAAGAAGGAAAUGACGUCAGGGUUAAUUCUUCCAACCGACCUGGUAUCGACAAUUUUGAGUUCAUCCGAGUGUUGGGGAAGGGGAGCUUCGGGAAGGUGAUGCUUGCAAGAAUCAAAGAAACAGGAGCCCUGUAUGCUGUGAAGGUGCUGAAGAAGGACGUGAUCCUGCAGGACGAUGACGUGGAAUGCACGAUGACGGAGAAGAGGAUCCUGUCCUUGGCCCGCAGUCACCCCUUCCUCACUCAGCUGUUCUGCUGCUUUCAGACUCCUGAUCGUCUGUUUUUUGUGAUGGAGUUUGUGAAUGGGGGUGACUUGAUGUUUCACAUUCAGAAGUCUCGUCGUUUUGAUGAAGCACGAGCUCGUUUCUAUGCUGCAGAAAUCAUUUCGGCACUUAUGUUCCUGCACGAGAAAGGAAUCAUCUAUAGAGAUCUGAAACUGGACAAUGUGCUGUUGGACUACGAAGGCCACUGUAAACUGGCGGACUUCGGGAUGUGCAAGGAGGGGAUCUGUAAUGGAGUCACCACGGCAACCUUCUGUGGCACCCCCGACUAUAUUGCUCCAGAGAUCCUCCAGGAGAUGCUCUAUGGGCCUGCAGUAGAUUGGUGGGCCAUGGGUGUGUUACUCUACGAGAUGCUCUGUGGUCAUGCGCCCUUCGAGGCAGAGAACGAAGAUGACCUCUUUGAGGCCAUACUGAACGAUGAAGUGGUCUACCCUACAUGGCUCCAUGAAGAUGCCACAGGAAUCCUGAAAUCUUUCAUGACCAAGAACCCCACCAUGCGCUUGGGCAGCCUGACUCAGGGCGGUGAGCAUGCCAUUUUGAGACAUCCUUUCUUUAAGGAAAUCGACUGGGCGCAGCUGAACCAUCGCCAAAUAGAACCACCUUUCAGACCCAGAAUCAAAUCCCGAGAAGAUGUCAGUAAUUUUGACCCUGACUUCAUAAAGGAAGAGCCAGUUUUAACUCCAAUUGAUGAGGGACAUCUUCCUAUGAUUAACCAGGAUGAGUUUAGAAACUUUUCCUUUGUGUCUCCAGAAUUGCAACCUUAGUCUUAUGGGGAAUGAGAGAGAUGGUAUGAGAAUCACAAGGGGAUACAGAUUUUCCAGGAAUUUCCUUUGUGAGAAACUCUCCAGCAUCAGCCUUAGAACAAGAACCUUCCCUUCAGGGAGCAGGUGGAGAACUCUGUGAAGGAUGGAACUUGAAGAGAUCAACUAUUUCAAGUCCUGAGGGAGCCAUGGUACUGGAAAUCGCUGAUACUGGAAUGAGAGUUCAUGAAGAAAUAUACUGCUCAACCUGUGAGUUUCCGUGGCUAUUUCAGGCUUAGGAUAUUAACAGGAGCCAAAAGGAGAGAAGUUGUGAAGAAUAAACCAGAUCCUAGAAAUCCUGAGCCAAACAGGCUUUUUACUUCAAGAGACAAGUUGAGACUUUGUAUGGACCACUCUGUGCUCUUCUUUAAGCCAAUGAGUCCCUAAUACUGGCAUUCUGCAAGAAUCCUCUAAGUGCUAAUGAAGAAUUUAAAGAUAAGGAAAUGGAUGGCUUUCCAAAUAGAGUGAUUUCCUCUGAAGAAAAAAAAAAAGUGAUAUUCAUAAAACUCACAACUUAAAGCCCAGUCUUGAAAACAGAUGUCGAGGACCAAGACAACUGCUCCAGCUUGUUUUCUCCUUACUUUUACGGCUAUUUAUUGAGUGUCCAGUGAGACGGUGCCACAAUACCCAGUAGCGUAAACAACAGAUUUUCAUUCACCAGGCUUUCAUUCUGGAGUCCAUUAGUUUACCGGAAUGGGGUUUGCGUUCUGUGAAAUGCCUCUCCACAUUGCGUAUGUCAUACGUCUUUGUCUGCACGUAACUCUUUUUUCACAGAAGGCUCACUGCCACAACAGCAACUCUUCGCACAACCAGCAGGUGAGCUAGAGGUGCUUGCUGCCUGCUGACUUGUGGAAUCUCUUCUUGGAGCAAUGUGUCAAUAUCGCUCUGGACUCAUCAGUGAAGUAUGGCACACCACUCACGUCAGUGACCAUACCUAUGGCUUAAACAUUAGCAGUUUAUUUAAAUUAUGUUUUAAGAGACAAAGAUGUUUGUUUGGUAUGCAUUUUAAUAAUUAGAAAUGGCUCUUGUAAACAGGACCUUUAUCAAAGAAGGACCUUAUAAUAUGUACCCAUAUACGCAGUUGGAGAAAUUUUAUCUGGCUGGAAAUAAAUGCAUUUUGUAGCAAAAGGAAAUUUGUCAUCUAGAAGGAUUUGUCCCAUCCGCACCAGGAGAGUAGACAGCUAAUUAAUAUAAAAGCUUUGAGCAGAAUGGAUAGAACUCUUGACUUAAAGCAAAUUCCUGAGAGGAAAAGUUGGCAUAACCUUCUGUGUAUCCCUUAAGUGAACAUGGCCUGUCUCUUAGUGACCAAAACUUCUGUUCUGAAUCAGGGUAACGAUGGCUAAGCAUUGCUGCAACAGACUAACCCUCAAACUCUCAGUGGCUAGACUGAAUGUUUAUUUCUCAUUCACAUAAAGUAUAGUGCAAGUUCAGUGGCCCUCUUCCAUCUUGUAACUUUGCCAUCUGGAAAACGUAGCUUCCAAGGUUGCCGUAGCAAUGGAAAACAGAGAUGGAGGAGAUGCUUGCUGCCUAACUAGGCCUCUGAGAAGGGACACACAUCACCUCUGCUAACAUAUUGGCCAGAACAAAUGGGAUGGAGAAUUACAGGCAACCAAGGGGUAUCUGGCUAGUAGUGGCAGUCCCUGUUGGGGGCUCUUUUUUGCAUUCCAAAGUGAAAAAUGACUUUUGAAUGACCAGAGUGGCGAGGAGCCACCCUCUGUGUUUGUUUGGCACUUAGCAGUUCAUCGGCACUCUCGCCUACAUGAUUUCACUAGAUCUUCACACUAUUCCUGUGAGGUAGGCGGGUCAUGCCACCACUGUUUCCAGUGUGAAUACCCGGUACGUUUUACAAAUGGGAAGAAGAGAGGCUCAGACCAGUGGAGUUAGUUGGUUGCCCAAAGGUUUCAGACUUGGUAAGGAAUCAUCCAGUCUAGAGUUUAAAUCUUUGAAGUUCUAAUCCAAAACACUUCUGGAAAGGGAGGGAUUGUUCUGACUUUACUACUUUUUGGCCUUCAUAGCUACUUUGCAGCUCAGGGUCUUCAGUUGCUCUGUGGGGCUGAUAAACUGCUUGAUAUGGUUUAUUCCACACUGGUAAAGACCCAUGAAGAACAAAGCAUGCCUCCUGUAUCCCUCUACAAAAUCUGUUAUCACAGCCCUUCAGAAGACCCAACGUCCUCUUUGCUGAGUCAGUGUCAUCACUCAGCAGCUUCCCUCUUCACAAUCUGUUCUCAAGUCUGUUCCCUGGGUCCCCCAGUUUGGAUUAAGUCCAUUCUUUGGAGAGAAUUCCAGACCUAGAUAAUCAGAUAGAUUAUCAACAGCCAAUGAUUUUGCUAUGAUAGGAUUUCUGGUGCUUCUUCCUCAUCCCUCUCUUAUAUGUGAAGAGAGAGAGGAGGUAAAGGAUAUUUACUUGUAAAACAAGAGUCUCCAACUCCAGGUUUAGAGCUUGGCUUCACAUCUCUCAUCAGUUCUCCUAAACCCUGCGUCCCUCCUGAGGAUCACAAGGCCACCCGCUCACACUUCCUGGAGCAGACUGCCCACUUGCUGGCCACGAGCCAUUCGAUCAGCAGGUGCUGAGUCUGCUGGAACUGCCGGUUCCCUCAGUUCAGCUGGCAGCAUGGCGGUCAAGACGAGGUCACACUUAACCUUCCCUCCCUCAGGACCAUGUUGCCUCUUGGAUAACAAAUCCUGAGAAAACCUCAGGCCUUAUCCCCACAUCCAUUUGGCCCUACUCUCGUAAACUAUUCCACACCAACCUAACUAAAUUAGACAUGCAGGCUUGAGUAUCUGAAAGGAGAAUUACUACAAAGUAUUUGCUUCGAGAUGUUGAUCAGCCUGUGGCUACAGAAGUUGUUUUCACUUCAUAAUACUGGCUAACUUUUAGUGCAGGUUUGUCAUGUGUAAGGCCCUGUUCCAAACACUUUAAAUGCACUUACUCAUUCAAUACCCCCAAGAGGUAGGUACGCUCAUUUUCAUUGUACAGAUGGGGAAACUGAGGUACAGAGCGGUUAAGUAACUUGUCCAAAGUCAUACAACUAAAGCAGUAGGGUUAGAUUUGGACCAGGCAGUUUAACUCUGGAGUCCCUGCUUUUAGCCCAAUUUGGUGAGGUUCUUCUAUGAAGGCCAAUUCUAUUUUUCCCACUUUUGUGGGGUUUCGAGAACAAUAAAAAGGGCAUAAACUGGGAUUAGCAGGGAGCACUAGAUAAACUGCCAGCUGGGCAGGACGGCAUUAGUCACCCUGUCUGUGGAACCAUUCAUCAGGAGUGAGAUUGCAUGAUUUGCAUAUCAAGGGCCCGGAGCUGCUCAGCCCACUCAGAGGAACCGGGGCUGGCCAGAGUGACGCAAUCCAGACUUAGAGCUCCCGCGGAAGAGGAACUAGUCUGGCUCAAAGUGGAUCCUCUAAGCCCGUCUGAACCCCUGGGUAACAUCUGAGGCUUGGUGAGGUUUCCAGUCCUUUCCUCUCCCAUCUGGAGGAGGCUCUUCGUGUUUCAGUGACUCCUCGCGACCGCCUGCCGGCUCGUGGGGCGUUCUCAGGAAGAAGGCGUGCAGCCCGCGGCCCACCUGGGAAGCUGCAUGUUUACAGCUACAGAGCUGACGUAACUUGGUAGCAAAGAAAAGAGCAAAAAUAAAAACACCCCACUUAUCGUGUAUUGAUCUUAAUUGGGUACACAUUGCCUUGAACAUCGUCCAGCCACAGAUUUGGCCUUGAUCAUAUCAUGGGCCAGUGCUCUAGAGCUUUGUGCCCUCUUUAUUCCCAGGUUUGGUCGUCCUGAUUGCUUAAUCCGUCCGUGUUGACUUAAAGUGACUAGACAGCUCACUGUGAUCGCCCCUGGCUCAGAGUCACACUGGGUCCUAUAACUUCUCAGUUUACGUCAUCUGAGGAUAAGACAUAAGCUGUAGCCUGAGACGUUUGCGGUGGAAAUGAGCCUGUGGUCAUGUGUUCUUCUGAACUGAGUUGCAGGUUGGAAAGAGCAGCUAUAAAUGGGGCUUUGUAGUCUUCCUUCCUUCCUGUGUUGAAUUAGAACCAGAGCUGAGGGUGCCACCCUCAGCUUCAUCCUGUCCCAGCUGCCCCCCGUCACCUCCACUGCCAGUCGGUUGCUCUUUCUCUCCUCUCCGCUUCCUCACUCUUUAUUCCCCAGUGUAAUAGGUCGGUUCUGUACUCUCUCCCUUCGUCUGUCAUUUGAUUUUCAGAGCCCAACCUGUCAUAGUGCCAGUUUUCCAACCACCAAGACGACGACAGAAAAUCCUAAGUUACAUAUUUAUUUUAUAGGCUUUUUUAGAUCCCAGAAAUGGCAGCCGCCUUUCCCAUGUAUUUCUGCAUCUUUGGCAUCACUGUGCAUCAGCUCUUGCCCUGGCAUAGACUGCCUGUGAGAGCAACUCUGCCUCUCCCACCCCCAAUGGUUCUGGGAGGCAGGAUGUCACAGAGGGAACUUGAGCAGAGUGCAGACCUGUGCGCUGAAUCUGCCACUUCUUGUGUGUUCUUGGGGAAAGGUAGUCUUUUCCCCAGAUUUUUUGUUCUCAUUUGUGAAAUGGGACUGAGAUCAGCACCUGCCCACCUUGUGUCAUCACUGCAGGGAUUUGCUGUGAUAGUCUGUGUCAAGCACCUACCCCAAGGCUGGGACAGAGAAAAUGCUCAAUCAAUGUCAGUGAUUAUUCUUGUCAGCUACUCUAGAGGACCAAGGGGAAGUCGCGUGUGAUGUCCUGAAAAUGGGCAGAAAGGGACACCCACGUUCUUCAUGCUGCCCGUCUCCCCUGAUGGGGAUGCUGCGCCGGCUCCAAGCUAGAGGGAUUUACUUUUCUAACAGCUUUGGUUUUUAGUUUUCUCACAGUUGGCUGUGGAGAUUUCUUAGGAGAUUCUUUUAAAAACUUCUCUUAGGAUGUUUUGAGUCCCUCCUGCCCUGAUUGACAUGCAGGAUCAGUAUUAAGCUUGAAAGUCUGCUGUUCACGCUGAACAAGAGAGGCUAAGAAAUAUCCAUGGUUUUCCCUAAAAUGGCUCUUCCCUCAAGCCUUUCAGGAAUUCUUUUGUUCUGCCAGAUUUAACCAGAAGGUAACUUUAACUCACUUCUGACCAAAUAACACAGAGACCACACCCCAACACCAGAACCCACUGGACACCCUCUGGACACUCAGUAUGCCUGUGGACCAGUUCAGAAAAGAGAGAACAUGUGCUUAAGACAUUCACUAAGUCCUGGCAUGCCUAAGGGUUUGAAGGUAAUAAUCCAGCCAAGGACCUUUUCUUCCUAGAUUAAAGUAUCUACGAAGAAGGUUUCUAGUAAAAUGAGCAAGCCCGUAGUCCCGUGUAUUCUUAAUAGAAACUGGGCCAGAGCACCCCUGUCCCCAUGCAAGACCUUCCAGACCACCCAGAGCUGCCUUUCUCAUGCCACCAAGGUGGUUGCCACCUCACAGAGGCUUCAUUCUUCUAAGGGCUUGGACCAUUGCUAGAAGAAUUUAGGCUAGACAAGGUGAAGAUUGUGUAGGCACUGAGUGUGGGCAAACAUUCAGGUGGGUUGCAGAGGCUGAGAGAGGAAUCUUCUUUGGAGUCAUUUCAAAUUAGAAACCAAGGAUAUUCUAGUAGUCACUUGAUCUGACAGUGUCAGAAAUAACCUGAAGGGCUGGCCCUGUGGCUUAGCGGUUAAGUGUGCUCGCUCCGCUGCUGGCGGCCAGGGUUCAGAUCCCGGGCGCACACCAACGCACCGCUUCUCUGGCCAUGCUGAGGCCGUGUCCCACAUACAGCACCUAGAAGGAUGUGCAGCUAUGACAUACAACUAUCUACUGGGGCUUUGGGGGAAAAAAUAAAUA